AUGUGAUUCAUUGAACUGCUGAUCGUAGCGGAUCUCCUAGCGAUUCUUGCGGGGAAAGUAUUAAACAAGCAUGGGCACUUCUGGAAAAAUUAUAAAGUGUAAAGCCGCCAUUGCCUGGGAAGCAGGCAAGUCACUUUCUAUUGAAGAGGUGGAAGUUGCCCCGCCGAAGUCUCAUGAGGUCCGAGUAAAGAUAAUAGCCACAGGGAUAUGUGGCACAGAUGACCACGUUCUGACUGGCUCUUUCCCUAAAGUAGAUUAUCCUGUUAUUCCUGGCCAUGAAGGAGCUGGAAUUGUGGAGAGUAUUGGUGAGGGAGUGACUUGUGUGAAACCAGGAGACAAAGUAAUCCCCCUUUGUCUGCCUCAGUGUGGAGAAUGUAGCUCAUGUCUGAAAUGGAACACCAACUGCUGCCUGAAAACCCACCUUUGCAACCCACAAAACCUGAUGCCAGACAAAACCAGCAGGUUCACCUGCAAAGGGAAGCAAAUUCAUCACUUUCUUUGGAUCAGCACCUUCUCAGAAUAUACAGUCAUGCCUGACUCCACUGUUGUUAGAAUUGACGAUGCUGCCCCUCUGGACAAAGUCUGUCUCUUCGGCUGUGGCUUUUCCACAGGUUACGGGGCUGCCAUCAACACGGCUCAGGUCACACCUGGAUCUACCUGUGCCGUCUUUGGCUUGGGAGGAGUUGGUCUUUCUGUUGUCAUGGGGUGCCAAGCAGCAGGAGCAUCCCGCAUCAUUGGGAUCGAUAUUAACAAGGAGAAGUUUGGAAAGGCUAAGGAACUGGGAGCCACAGAGUGCCUGGACCCUCGGGAUUACGAGAAGCCCAUCCAGGAGGUGCUGAUUGAAAUGACCGGCCAUGGUGUCGAUUACGCCUUUGAGGUUGUGGGAUGCUUGGAUACAUUGACAGCUGCUCUGGCAUCCUGUCACAUGGGCUGCGGCGUCUGUGUGAUGGUUGGUGUCCCUCCUACGGAUUCGCGCCUUUCCUUUGAUCCUCUGCUGCUUUUUACAGGACGCACUUUGAAGGGGAGCUUUAUUGGAGGCUGGAAGAUGAAAGAUUCCAUCCCUCAACUGGUGUCCAGUUACAUGGAGGAAGAACUGAAAACAGAUGUUUUAAUUACGCACACUUUGUCAUUCAGCGAGAUCAGUGAAGGGUUUAAUUUGCUGCGUAGUGGAAAGAGUGUCCGUAUUGUCCUGCUGUUUUAAGCUGCUGUUCUGGUGCUUUCAGCCUCACGAAGAGUGCUCGCAUCCCGAUUCUUUUUCCCAUCCUUUUUUGAAAAAAUUGUCUAAGCAAACAUAGGAUCAUUGAUGGCCUCAAGAGCUGGUUUUACUUAGCUCCAGAUGUUUAAAAAAAUCACAUCAGGCUCAGAAUGCUAAGAAAUGGACCUCAUGAACAAAAAUUUCAAAUAAACAUAGGACUAAAACCAAUCGACUGAAAGUUUAUAUAAAAUUACAUGAUUGUCAUAGGGUAAUCGUUAUUGCUUAUCUGAUAAUCAGGUAUAUUUUUAUUUCACUGCCUGUUUACAGAUUUGAUUGACAGAUUUGUGCUUGGCGUAUCAUAAGAAAAAAGUUGACAACUGUCUGUUGCCUCCUUGGGAAUUGCUCUGAGCAUUUCUUCCUUUAGACAAACCUAAACCAUUCAUUCCUAGGUCUUCAGAGAUCCUCCUUUUUUAUAAUGCUCAAACUUUCUCGUGAACUUGGGAUUAGUUGUGUAGAGCAAUCUAAUUUUGUUGGGGGCACUAGAAACCUCUAGAGAACACUAAUUUGGAACAUGUAAAGUAAACUGAUGUCUUUGAAUAGAGCAAAAGUGUAAUUCUCAUUUUGGAGAUGUUGAAAGCCUCGUUCCUGGACAUUUUUGGGAAAUGGAAAAUGAAUGAAUUAUGGAAUUCAAAUAUUAUUUUGCUGUCUUUGUUGUAAAGAAGCAACUGCUUAAUAAAUGUUC